CCGCUAUAAAGGGAACAAACAAACAAACAAAGUUACACUCCGAGUUGCCUCGUGUCUCCCCUUCUCUCUUCUCUCUAGGCGAUUCCCCCCCACCCCCUCCCUUUCUCCGCUCCCCUCGCAGCCUCCACUCCCCUUCCCUUGGCCCCUUGCUCCUCCUGCCCCAGCCUAAGGUGUGCGGACCCCAGCCGCAUCCUCCCCUCCCCCGCCGCCCGCGCCCGGGCUCCUCCGGCAGCCCGCCCUCCCCCGCCGCGGCCGGCGCAGCCAAUCCCCCGAGCGGCAGCCAACAUGCUCUUUGAGGGCUUGGAGCUGGUGUCGGCGCUGGCCACCCUCGCCGCGUGCCUCGUGUCGGUGACGCUGCUGCUGGCCGUGUCGCAGCAGCUGUGGCAGCUGCGCUGGGCUGCCACCCGCGACAAAAGCUGCAAGCUGCCCAUCCCCAAGGGCUCCAUGGGCUUCCCGCUCAUCGGAGAGACCGGCCACUGGCUUCUGCAGGGCUCGGGCUUCCAGUCCUCGCGGAGGGAGAAGUACGGCAACGUGUUCAAGACGCACUUGCUGGGGCGGCCGCUGAUCCGCGUGACCGGCGCGGAGAACGUGCGCAAGAUCCUCAUGGGCGAGCACCACCUCGUGAGCACCGAGUGGCCGCGCAGCACACGCAUGCUGCUAGGCCCCAACUCCGUAGCCAACUCCAUAGGCGACAUCCACCGCAACAAACGCAAGGUUUUCUCCAAGAUCUUCAGCCAUGAGGCCCUGGAGAGCUACCUGCCCAAGAUCCAGCUGGUGAUCCAGGACACACUGCGUGCCUGGAGCAGCCACCCUGAGGCCAUCAAUGUGUACCAGGAGGCACAGAAGCUCACCUUCCGCAUGGCCAUCCGUGUGCUUCUGGGCUUCAGCAUCCCAGAAGAGGACCUUGGGCACCUUUUCGAGGUCUACCAGCAGUUUGUGGAGAAUGUCUUCUCUCUGCCUGUUGACUUGCCCUUCAGCGGCUACCGAAGGGGCAUCCAGGCCCGGCAGACCCUCCAGAAGGGCCUGGAGAAGGCGAUCCGGGAGAAGCUGCAGUGCACGCAGGGCAAGGACUACUCAGAUGCACUGGACAUCCUCAUCGAGAGUAGCAAGGAGCAUGGGAAGGAGAUGACCAUGCAGGAGCUGAAGGAUGGGACCCUGGAGCUGAUUUUUGCAGCCUAUGCCACCACAGCCAGUGCCAGCACCUCGCUCAUCAUGCAGCUGCUCAAGCACCCAGCUGUUCUGGAGAAGUUGCGGGAGGAACUGCGCACCCAGGGUCUCCUGCACAAUGGCGGCUGCCCCUGUGAGGGUACGCUGCGCCUAGACACCAUCAGUGGGCUGCACUACCUGGACUGUAUCAUCAAGGAGGUCAUGCGCCUCUUCACGCCCGUCUCUGGUGGCUACCGCACUGUGCUGCAGACCUUCGAGCUCGACGGUUUCCAGAUCCCCAAAGGCUGGAGCGUCAUGUACAGCAUCCGGGAUACCCACGACACCGCACCUGUGUUUAAAAACGUGAACGUGUUCGAUCCUGACCGCUUCAGCCAGGCGAGGAGUGAAGACAAGGAUGGCCGCUUUCAUUACCUCCCAUUUGGCGGUGGAGUCCGGACCUGCCUGGGCAAGCACCUGGCCAAGCUCUUCUUGAAGGUGCUGGCAGUGGAGCUGGCCAGCACUAGCCGCUUCGAACUGGCCACCCGGACCUUCCCCCGUAUCACCUUGGUCCCUGUCCUGCACCCCGUGGAUGGCCUCAGUGUCAAGUUCUUUGGCCUGGACUCUAACCAGAACAAGAUCCUUCCUGAGACGGAGGCCAUGCUGAGUGCCACCGUCUAAUCCCGCUGUGCCCGUCUGCCCCCAGCCUCAGCCCCGCUGGCUAUGGGGGUGGGAGGGGGUGAAGGGUAGAAACCUGUGUGUGGGAGGGAUCUGGAACCCCAGGAUGGAGCAACGGUCCCCCCAGAUCUUGCCCUCUCCUUUCCCUGACAAACCCUACCCAAAGCCAAAAAGGCUCUGUCCUUCUGGAGAAAGAGGACCCUCCUGGCUCCUGUUUCUCUCCAGUCUUAUUCUGGUUCCCACCAGCUCAGUCCCUGGGGAAGGACAUGGCCAGGGGCCCUGCAUGCCAGUCACAGUGUUAAGUGUCCAAUGGUUUGUGCUGCCACAUUUGCUUGUGAUCUUCUGAGUCUGCCUGUUCCCUCCAUUUUUCUUGGAUCCUUUCAGUUGAAGGUCAGGUGGUUGACACGAGGGAGGGAGGAAAGCUGUGGCCCCCAUCUUUGGGGCUCUUUUCAGCACCCCAUUCCCUCAAGCUGCAGCUCAGACUGAGGCUGAGUGUCCCUCCCAGGUAUAGCCACACAAGAACAGUACCAAGUCUGAAUCUGAAGCUCCGUUAGACUGGGAGUCACCAAGGUGGCCCCAGAGGGUGUGGUCAGCUGGGAGGGGGGCCCACUCCAGUUUAUACCAGUUUGGACAUUUGAAAUUACCUAUUGCUGCUACUUUUUCUUUCCUCUGAUCUGGGAGCAAAGGGGCCCCAGGUCCUGUCCCCUCAGCACCCUUCCUGGUGGCCCUGGGGGCAUACAAACGGGCAUCCCUCCUCCCCUCCAGUGGGUCUUGAGCCCAACCCAUCCCUGAGGUUCAGGGGCCACUUCCUGUGAACUCCCCCCAUAUUUAUUCACCUAGAUACCCUAACCUUGACAAGCUUCUCCCCCACCCCCUCACCUUGGUUCCAGCUGUGCCAGGCAGGACAUCUGCAAGUGACCACCCCACCACCACCAGUCUAGGGUAGAGCAGCUCCUCUGUGGGUUCAUCCUCUAUCCUGGGGUGAAUGCAGUGCUGUGCCUGCCUUUGUCUUCUGGUGCCCAUGAGGAACUCUGUUUUGUUCUGUCAAGACCCCUGGUUAUAUUGGGGUAUGGAGAGCCCCUUCCUGGCUGCUUCACCUUUGUGUCCCCCACUCCAGCUAGCAAGUAUUUGGCAGGGGGGGUGCGAGGGGGGGAAAGAUACGGGUUCGUUCAUCUGACGGGAGCAAGGGCCCCAUCACCCCUUCUUUAACGCUCAUCCUUUGUCCUUAGCCCUUGGAAAGGUAUCCUUGCUGUCCCUUCCCACCUCUCUGCCACUGUCUGCUUGGCCCAGCUAUGGGGUGUGGGGAAGAGAUGAAAGCAGGGGGAGGUAAGUGCGGAGGCAGUCCUUUCCCAGAGCCUAGGCCUGGUCUCUGGUGGUUGUGGGGAGGGUGGGAGGGGGGCUGCAGAAGGAGAAGGGGUAUGUGUGAUUUGUCAGAUGUGAUUUGGUUGAAAACUGACCCAUCAGGGAUGGAUGACUUGGGGUAGGGGGAAGGGGAGGAGCUCCUGUCACUGCUAUUUUGAGUGUUGGCAAUUUGGGGUGCUUCCUGGGAAUGGCUUGGGGGCCUUUGGUAAUUCUCUAAGCAAUUUUGUCUGUUUGCUGAUUUUCCUUUGCUUUCCAUGUUUCUCUGUUGCCUUUUGAUGUUCUGAAAACAAUGACUGCUCUUCACAAGAAAAUCAAAACCAUACAGAAGAAAAAUGCAGACAUCCAUACCACUAAUUACCUCUGCAGCAGUGACCGCUGUGAGCUACAGGGCAGUCAGUGGAAACCCCCCACCCACACACACACACACACACACCUGCCCUGAGGUCACCUUAAAGGAACGGACUGACCCUGAAACACUGUUCUCAAUUGUUUCACUUGGUUCCUACUUUCCUACUCUUCAGAAAUGGCGCAGAACAGAUAUUAUUGGCAAAAAGGGACCUUGGAUGCAAUUAAGUCAUGAUUUUUCAAUCCCUGCCUCCUUUGGAAAAAAUAGGCAGAGAUACAUAAAAAUCCAUCAGAAACUUGCAGAGUUGCUGCAAGAUGCACCAGAGUUUGGUAAAAAGCCCAGUGUCUGGAUGGUUUAUUCUUCUUUAGGCUGAUCAGAUAUGCUCUGAAUCAUUCUUUUUUUUUUUUUUUUCCUAUUUACUGAAUAUUUAGGAAUGCAGUAUAUGCCUCUCCAGAUAGGAAGACCCCACCGAGGGUGCAGGACCAGAUGGUCUGAGAAGUUAGUGGUCUGCCCCUGAGGUGACCAGCCUGAUGGGAAGCAGAGGAGAUAAAGUUGGGAGUGGCGUGGGCGUGCCUGUGAAGGAGGGAAGAAGGGAAAAGGCUCAUUUGCCUCCAUGGGUCCCAAAGGCAACAAGAAGAGAACUGAAGAAAGCUCUUGACUGGCUGAUGAGGGUUCCAAUGUCAAAAACACACCCAUCUCCCCCUCUCUGGGUCUGUCCAUGUCUGUGUGUCUGUGUAAGUUUGCUAGAGGUAGCAUUAGAUGGGUGAUGUUGUCUCACUUACCAUUCCUAACUAUUGUAACUUGACAUAAAAAAGACAAAACCCCGCAAGACUUCCUGCCCUGGGCUUUGCAGAUUGAAGCACUUUCGAUGUUGGGCGCUGGCGUUUGUGCUCUGGGCCUCACCCUGCCCCUGCCCGGAUCACUAUAAUAUUAUUUUAUACACCUUUUUUUUCAUAAAUGUUAUAAUUUUGUGUCUGUCUUUAUAAACUAUUAUAAGUACUAUUUUUGUUAUAAUUCAAAAUAGAUAUUUAGUAUAAAGGUUUUGCUGUUAAAUAUUUGUUAUUUAGUAAAAUAUGAAUUUUCCUCUAUUGUAAAACAUGGUUCAAAAUAUUAAUAUGUUUUUAUCACAGUUGUUUUAAUACUGAAAAAGCAUUUGUGUGUUUUGAUAUGAAUCUGGUGCCGUGUGAGUGGUUUUGUUUUUUUUUGCUGUCACGUGGUUUUAAUCUGUAUAUGAUAUUCCAUGUUGCAUAUUAAAAAAAAGAAUGUUGUGCAUUUUGUGAUUUUGGAAAUACUCAAUGUGGCUCUUUUAUAGGCUUCCAUAAUAAACUGUGGGGACUCA